AUGGGACUUCAAUUUGCCGAUGAAUUUUGGUGCUGGUCUGGCUUGAUCGGCAUGGGCAUCCCAGUCCCAGAAGCGCAGAUCUCGAGCCAGGCGGCUCCUACAGAGAUACUCAAAGUCCCUGCUGCUGAGAGGGAAGCUUUGCGCACUCUGAUUGCAGAUGCCAAGAACCCGGAGAGCAUCCCAGCUGGCGUCAAGGAGCUUACUACGGUGGAUCCGCGGGAGGACCUUCGAAUGAGACAGCGCGAACUCAACAAGGAGAAGAAGGCGCUUACGAAGGUGGAAAAGAUCCGCUCCGACAUCGAGAAGAACGAAUCCAGCUACUCGAGGUGGAAGCAAGGGAUCCAAUCGGGACUGGAGAAAGCCGAGAAGCGCCACAUGAGUGUGCUUCAACAGCUUCAAACGGAUUUGAAGAUGAUAGAGGCCACGGGAGAAGACAAGAUGGAUGGGGAGUCCGAAGAGGAAGAAACCGAAGGUUCCAAAGCACUGGCCAAGGAAGUCGACGAGAUGAAGCAGCACAUGGGACAGAUGGCUACAUACGUGCAGAAGAUGGAGCAAAGGAAUUGCGAAUUGGCACAGCAAAUGCAAUUUCUGAUCUCGGCGGUCAAGGACUCCAGACCCUUCGAACCUCUCACCAAGGACUCGCCUCAGAUCGUGCGGACUCCUCCAGGACGAGCUUUGCUUGCAGGGGGAAGGAGAGACGACAGCAAAGAGCGAUCCAGAUCGCCAAUGAAGAGACCAGCUCCCGAUCUUGUGGAGCAGAUCGAAGGUCUUGGCGAGGUGCCUGUGGUAAUGGCAGAACUGCUGGAACAACUCCCUUCCGAACAGCACAGCCAGAUCCUAGCUAUGGUUCGUGCGGAGCCUCAGCGUUACAACUCACCGCAGGCUGUGAUGGACCUGGCAGCUUCGAUUCAGACCCAGAUUGCUGCCAGUAUUCAGGUCAAAGGUACUUUCGAGGCAGGAAACAAGUCCUGUGCUUCCAGUGCCGCAUUACAGCCUUUUCGCAGAGAGUCCAAGGCACGUCUUGCCAAAUGCCAGAAGGGUACAGAGAGUUUUCGAGAUGAGGCUGAUGACUUGGGGGUUCGAUGUCUUAUCUUUCUCUGCCGUUUGCAGGUCGGAGGGCUAGGUUUGAUUGUAGUGGCUUUGAACCUAUGUGUCGAGCAAAUUCGUGACAUGUAUUUUCCACUACUUGUUGACUUCCGAGAUCAGUUCCUGAGAAGAGGCACCUUUGUCUUUUUUGGCAGGACAUUCCCUACAGCUUUACAACUUUUCCAAGCCGUCUCGCCACAGACCGAUUGUUUCUGGGGAGCCGAAUGCUAUGUCUAUGUUGGAAGCUAUGGGCAAGAGCGUGAGCUGACCUGGAAUAUGGUUGUGCCACUGUAUGAAGGGGCUUAUGUCCGAAUGGUCGUGAUUGAGAGGCCUCAGCCCAUGGUACGACAAGCUGAAUCCACUUGUACGCCUGCCUCCGACUCAGGUUCCGCUAGGUCGGAUGCAUCCUCACAUGAUUUGUUUGAGGAUGAAGAUCUGGCUGAAACAGAAGAGAUUCUCGUAUCACGAGACCAGACUUCUUUCCUACAACAUGGGGUGCAAAAGGCUGACAAGUGGGACCAAAGUUGUCUACACUCACUGGAGGAAAACACUGCAACCUCUUUAUAUCCAGCUUUGGCUAUUGAGAGCGCGGGUGUUGAUGAAGAAGAUGAACUCCUGUGGCUCAUGCAAAGUGUCGCUUAUUUCAGGGCUGUCUCUGACUUUGGUGGUGCAGCUGAGCGUGGUCAGGCAUAUCUGCAGGAGCUCAGGUUAACGCGCCGACUGCUCACAGAUGCUUGGCUACUACGAGGAACUGACCUUGGAUAUGCACAUUUCCGUGAAAGAGAGAAUGGCAUAUGGGAAAAGAAGCUUAUAGGCUGGAAAUAUGACCAUGUUGACCAGAUUCUUGGCCAGCCCUUCGUCAUCCACCUUCGACGAACUGGCUUGUGGUCAUCACAGAUCAUGAGUUUUUUCGAAGAUGAGGGUGCACUCGAAGUGAUUUUGCUCACAAUUUUCCCGCCACCACUGAUGCUCACCUUGGAUGGAAGUUCAAGUGCCUUGCAUGACACUCCGGUGUUAGCAUUUAUGCACGAGACUUUCCCCUCGGAUAUGCUGCCACUUGUGGUGAGGCACACCAUGACAGGGCAGAUUGAGACACAAUCUCUUCGAUGCCUUCCAGGUUGCUGCCCGAUGUUGAUUUGUACUCUCCUUGGACUCCAAGACAGAUGUGCUGAUCCACUGAAAGUACAGAUCUAUUUCCGCCUACAUGAUAUUGAGCGCACCUUCUAUGGCUAUGAGCGAGUCGGACUCCCGGCGGGUGCUUAUGUCAACUUGGAGCUGCUGGAUGUGGCAACGUGCAGGGAAGAGAUGCCAAGGCAAUACCCACUUAGGGAGCAUGAGGUCUUGCUGACACCGAGACAAAGUGAGCCUUUUUCUCAGAGCACACUCGAACCACAUGAUCUAGAAUCUCUGAUGCAAAUUGGAAAUGCUAUGACAACCUUGCCUUUGACAACUGGUACCGAUGCUGGGAGUCAGGUUAGCGACCUUUUCUCUGUGACAGAAUUGCGGGCCACUGAAUUGGAACCUGUACCACUGCCUGAGCAUGAAGUUCUGCAGUUGAAUGACAUCAUUGCUGGACAUUCUGAUGUGCUAAAAGCCUAUAUCAGAGCUCAUGCUGGACCUUUCAGUCGAUCCCAUAAUCCUAUCUAUACAUGGGUCCUCACCGAAUCCACGAGUGUCGAGCCUUUGGCAAGAGUGUGCAUUAUGCAAGAAGCAGUUUCCUUAUCCUCCACUUUCCUGCGUGAGUGGAAGGACAAGAUUGAUGGUAGAACGGUUAGUGUCUCAAUUGCUACCCCUGUGCUGCCUCCGCCUACAUUGAGAGUGAAGCCUGUGGAUGUCCUUGGCAUUCCCAGUGAUUUCUUGGAUGCAGGUUCAUGGCCAUGUUUGGUGGUUAGCGGCUUGAUUCAAGAGAUUGUGCUUUUCCUGGAUGUUGAGUUUGAUGAACAUCUUGAUUUCCAGAGUCAGACAGUGAAAGCAUUGAUUCGGUCCAGAGUCGAACCGCGAGUAUCACCUUUUUCAAGAGUGACGAUGGCGGCAGUUCGCCCGCCGCUGACGGUGAGGGAGCAGGAUGAUAGCGAUGACCUCUAUGUCCUCAUCGGAGAGGAGUUGAAUCCUUCUUCUUCCCUGGUAAUGGUGGUCAUCUGGGAUCAUCGGCAAGACGAAAGUGUUGAUUUGCAUCCUUUAGAGCUGCCUCAACGGAUGAUGACGGAAAUGCUACUGGAAGAGGUCGGUAUGGGAAGAAGAUGUGGGCUACCAUUUGUGGAAUGUGUAGUCAAGCACUCCGAACAUGAGCUGCCUUUGCUUAUAUCCUGGCGACCUUUCCCUGGAAUGAAAAUUGUGAUUGAUGUAGGAAUCAAGAGAUGUGACAUUUGGCAACAAGCCUGGUCUGCAGGCCUGAGUGCUGCAUCUGAUUUCUCUUUGGAUGGUGAGGCGGCGUGGUUGAUGCAACGCCGAAUCCUGCUCCGAAACAACUAUGAUGUACUUCGACAGUAUGCAUCUGGAUGGACGACGACCACUGUGGAGCUGACUUUCUGGUUCCACAAUACGGUCGAAGAACGGAUACAGCAGCAUCCUGCAAAAGCAGUUUUUUCGGUUGUGACCUCUGACUUCCAAGAAGAUGACUUUGCACAACUCAUUCCUAGAGACGGGGAGAUUGUACCUGUCGACCCUGCACCCAUAUUGCUGGUGCUCCCUCGACCGCAUAUUUUGGUCCUUGGUGUGGUUGCCCACCAGUAUGUGCCUGUCUUGUGCAAGGUUAACAUUGAGGGCAGACAAAAUUUGAUGUCGAUAUUGGUUGACUCGACUUAUCCACCGGUCAGUGUUGAUGCCAUUUUCGACUUGGUGAUGCCAGAUCACCUCUGCCGUUCUGCGGCAAUCUGCCAUGCUCUCUACAGAGAUGAGAGGAAGCAAUUUUAUCAUGACAUUGAGCUGCAAAAGGGAGAUUUUAUUGAACUCUUUUCCUGGGUUCUCGAUGAUGAUCAGACAUCCUGUGGAGACGAUAGUCCUGAAUCAUUUUCAUCGGAUGAGAUCUGGGAUUCCUCUGUGAUGCCUCACCCUAGUGUCCUGCCAGAGGACAUAAAUGGUGAUGCUGAUUUUUUCUCCUUGAUGCAGACCAACCCGCAGACUGAUCGGGGGGUACGCAUUGAUGCGGGUCAUCAACUUCGACUGGAAUCAGAUCUGUUGUAUCGGGCAGUGACGAGCUCAUCCGACCACACACUUGCUUCAGUACCACAAGGAGGAACUGCAAAGCUCUGGCUGUUGGCGGCAGAAGCAAAUGGGCUGCACGAUACUGUCAUUCGGGUCGAGUUGAGGCACCAAGUACCUGACUGGACAGGCUGGGUAUGCGGGUCCUGGAGAAACAGACCGCCAGGAAUCCGUUUUGUAGUCAUGGCUGAACGACCGCCGCCGAUUUCAUCAGAGAACAAUGAUAUGCUGAUCCUUGGAGCCAGUGCACGUGACAUGGAGCAAGGGAAGCGGGUUCUUCUGAUGGACUUGAUUUAUUCCAAUGUCCUGCGCAGAGGAGCAGUUCGGUUUGGUAUUUUGAUGACUGUCGCUGAAAUUAUACGUCUUUUUGCCGGUCGUUCAAUACCAAUCGAUAGCCCCUUGCUUUUCGCUUUUGAGAUGUACUGGUUUUCCCCGGCUGGGGUCCGCGUGUAUACAGCGUCAGAGAUCCCCUCUGUGCCUGAUGGAUCCUAUGUGCGAGUGGUGGAAAAGGCUAAUCCAUGUCGGAAUGCGAUGAGGCCACUUUCUCCGGACCCAGAACUGGUGCGAUGGGCUGAAGCUGCAGGUACCCAAACCCAUGAAAGCGAUGCUGCAGACAAUCUGGAUCAGGACUCUAUGGGACUCUUGCAAAAGUCGAUCAGGAGUGAUGUGAGGGAUAACACUGCAACCCUUGACAUUGAGGAGAUGGAUGGCUCGAGCCAGGAUGGACGGCCCUAUGGGCUACGGCCUCCUUUGUUUCGCUGUUACGUUUUCUGGUGUCAUCAGAUUGCAGACAUGCUCCGACCACCGGGCAACACUACGGUCUUCUGGUUGAGUACUGACCUUGAUGAUCUGGAUGACUGGGUGGUCUACCAUGGAGCCCUUUUUAUCAUUGACAGCAAGUUCACUUCUGAGAAGCAGGUCCUUUCUUUGAACGAUCGACUUGACUUGCCAGACAAUACCCCUCGUGGGAAUGAGAAAGUCCAGCCUUUUGAGAUUGCCCUUCCUGACUUCACGCCUUUCUUUGACAUCAUCUUUCAGAAAAGACCGAAGAUGGAUAUCGUCUGGGAGGCGGUGAUUCUGGCUCUCCCUGAGGCUGUGAGAGUAGAGGCACAAGAGCUUCCUGGGGAUCAUGCAGCGGCCUGGGCAGUCAUUGUCAUUGGACAUGGCACUGGCGGUGAUUUCAUUCUUGACUGUGACUAUGGUCUAGUGGUCAGCGAGCCAAUGGAGCAGGGAUGGACAGGUGCACAGGUUUCAGAUGCACGAGCGGCUGAGACAGCUGCCUUGAUCCGAGCGAUUGAAUGGACGAUGUACUCGGGAAUGGAGAAACCAAUUUGCUUCUGUUUCGAUGCAGCGGCAGUGGGCUUCGCCGGAACUGGUACUUUCCGGACUGGAGAAGCUGACCGGCAUGGCCGAAUUCUUCGAGCUAUGGUUGCAGCAAUAGAGAAAUUCCUGUACUGGUGUCAGAGCCUGAGCUUCAGCUGGUGCGUGCAAGAUGUCGUUCCCUAUCCCAUUGAACAAUGUUGGGAGGAGCUGGCUGCUUUCCUUUUGUCUUCACCAGGACGGUGGAAGAAGAUUCUGAAGAAGGCUGUGGCUCGACAUAUUGGAACUAGAAAAUUAGAUGCAGAAUGGAAUGCUUGGCAUUCGACCAUCAUGCAUGAAGUCCUACAGGUAAUGCGGACUGGCUUGACCAACUACGAGACCACGCGGAUUGGCCGAGACUCGGAUGGGAGCUGGAAGACAAGUGUUCUAAAGAGGUCGGCGACCUGCAGCGCGACGCGGCCGGUCAACCUCACGGAGGGUGUGGAGGGGGAGGCAGAAGGUCGGGGUGCCCCGUCUUUGGACGCUUUGAGAAGUGCACGAGAGCAGACCUUGCAAGUGCACCUGAAUGGGUUGAAUUGCCUGAUCAGCCUCUGCGGCCGCCAGAGCUCCUGGCGAGCCGCCUUGAGUGUCUUCCAGCUGGCUAAGCCUCGAACUGACUUGAUCUCUGUGAAUGCAGCGAUGAGAGCCAUGAACGAUCCCAGUCGUUGGGCCAUCGCCCUGGACCUCUUCGCCCAGCUCCACCGCUGGCGUCGGCGCCCGGACGCGGUCAGCUGCACCGCCGUCAUGGCGUCGGAGCUCUGGCAGCGAGCUUGGCGGCUUUUUCACACGGCCGGGGGCACCGUCCGGAUGGAUGUGAUCAGCUGCAGCGCCGCGAUGAGCUGCUGCGGGUGUUGGCGCCUCUCCAUCGAGAUGUUUCAUCGCAUGUCCGGAGAACUGCUGGAACCCAACGUGAUCAGCACCAACGCGCUGAUCACGUCCUGUGAGAAAGGUCUCCAAUGGCCUUUGGCCCUCGAAGCCUUCCACGAGCUCCCUGCGCUGCCUGGGCCGGACGUGGUGACGUUUGGGGCCCUGCUGAGUUCCUUCGAGAAGGCCACGCAGUGGCUCCUGGCGCUGGAGGCCUUUGAUCUGUUGCUUGGCGAAGGGCCUGAACCUAACCUGGUGAGCUACAAUUCCUUGAUCGCCACCUGUGACAAGAGCUCGCAGUGGCCAUUGGUGUUGCACCUUUUGGAAGAGAUGAGGAACCAGAGCAUUUUGCCCGACCUCAUCAGCUACAAUGCUGCUAUCAGCUCUUGUCAAGAUGGCAAUCAAUGGCAGCUGGCUGUGCAUCUCUUUGAUAGUCUUCGGCGGCGGCGGAACACUCCGAGCGUCGUCACCUUCGGCUCCGUGAUCAGCGCGUCCGGGAGUGACUGGACACUGGCGCUGCAUUUCUUCCAGCAGAUGGAGGAUUUGCUGCUUCAGCCGAACCUGUUGACCUGCAAUGCCUUGAUCAGUUGCUGCGAGAAGUCGGCACGGUGGCAGAUGGCGCUCCAAGUGUUCCAACAGAUGAAUUUGCAGCAGAUGGAGCUGGAUUUGGUGAGCUACAACGCCUUAAUCAGCUCAUGCGAGAAGGGUCGGCAGUGGCAGCUGGCUUUACAUUUCUUCGAGAUGAUUCGAGAUCACUUGGAGCCCAACGUCAUCAGCUCCAAUGCACUCCUGAGCUCCUGUGAGAAGUCUUUGGAGUGGCAAAAGGCCAUUGGCUUCCUCAUGAUGAUGCACGAAGAGCUCAUCCCGGGCAACAUCAUCAGUUACAAUGCCGCUGUCAGUAGCUGCGAUCGCGUGAGCCGAUGGCCAAUGGCUGGACAAUUGCUGAGGGUCAUGGCCACGCGCGAGGUGGAUGCGGAUGUCAUCAGCUUCAACUCAGCUCUGAGCUCGGUGCGUCGGGCGUGCCGCUGA